AUGAUGCUUGCAAUUUUGAUAAUGACGGCAGCGGUUGGACCCAUUUUGGCUUUGAUUCACAAGUCGAAUGGGCCAUCUAAGAAGCACACGCACAGAAGCAUAAGAAGGAUAAAACCCAACUCAGAGUUUCGAAUCCUUACUUGCAUCCAUUCAAGCAAUGUUUUAAGCAUCAUCAAUCUCUUAGAGGCUUCCAAUCCACCAAACAAUCCCCGAUAUUCGUCUUUGCGGUUCAUCUGGUGGAGCUCAGUGGCCAUGCUCGUAGUCCACGACACAUGCUGCAAUAUUCGUAAGACAAGUAAAAUUAUAGCCAAAAAUCAAAAGCACUGUUCGCCUUCUGACCAAAUUUUCGCUGCCUUUAAAAAACUUGAGACCGAAAGUGAAGAGAGCAGCUUGUUCGUGGAGGCACUAACUGUUGUGUCCUCUUACACCUCCAUGCAUGAGGACAUUUGCAACCUUGCGGACAACAAGAGUGCAGACCUUAUAAUCAUUCCUUUCCACAAGCAAUCCACCAUUGAGGGGGGAAUGGACAACGGAAACCCCUCUUUUACAGGCAUUAACAAGAACCUUCUAGAGAACGCUUCUUGUUCGGUGGCAAUCUUCGUGGAUCGUGGACUCACCAAUUCAUCUAACAUUAAAAAUGAAGAUGGCUAUGGCGGCUGCCGCUGUGCCAUGCUCUUCAUUGAUCUCCCUCCCAACAAUCCUAAUAAUAAUGAUCAUGAUCACGAUGAGGACGAAUACAGGAAUAUUUUAGAGGUGAUAGAGGAAAACGAGAAGGAGAAACAUCUAGACGACCAAUAUAUAGAGAGCUUCGUGUUCAAUACUAGGAACCAACCUUCCAUAAGAUUAAUUAACGAGGUGGUGAACAAUGGGGAGGAAACUCUCAAAUUGAUAAGCGCCAUGGGAACUGACUAUGAUCUUUAUAUCGUGGGAAGAGGGCAAACAGGUUCCUCACCACUCACCGGGCUAACCGAGUGGGGUGACUGGCUCGGACCCUUGGGAGAUGCAUUGGCAUCGCCCAACAUUGUGGCCAGCGCGUCGAUUCUCAUAGUGCAUCAAGGUUGUGCUUUAGUGGAUGAAUUAGUUGAUCAACAUCUUAGUGAGUUGUCUCUUACAUCUGAAAAAUUCUGCUACUCUAUCUUGAGCCCUUUAUGA